UUUAACUGACUACGAGGUGCCGAGGUCUCUUUGAUUUCAAGUUAUCAUUUAGAUUCAUUUUGAAUUGCAAUAGCUGAGACUAUUCAAGUUUGUUUAUUACUUCGGAACCGUUUAAGAAGAGAUUUAGUCACUUUUAGUCAGUAUUAAAACAGAUGGAUCAUAUUUACACUGAAGAUAAGCCUGUAUCGACACAAAAGGUUAGUAAAGCAGCUCGUCGUCGCGAAAAACGGGCUGCUCUUCAACGUGCUCAACAAACGGCUGCUUUAAUGAAUAUACAAACCGAUAAAUCCGAUAGUCUUCGAUCUGUUGAAAUGAAAAGGUUAGAAAAGCAACUUGAAGCUCGUCAUCUAAGUUUAUUUGAAGUCCCUUCAGAUGGAGAUUGCCUUUAUCAGUCAAUUGGUCAUCAGUUAAAAGUUCGGAAUUAUCCAUUACACACAUUACUAGAGAAGAUUGGAACGUGUAAUGCAGAUAAUUUAAGUAGUAUUACCGCAGAUCAGACAAUGAAGCAAUUGGUGAAAAUACUGCGUCAUCUUGCAUCGUAUCACAUUCGCAAGAAUAUGAAUGAUUUCCUACCAUUUUUAUUCAACUCAAAUUCUGGAGAACCAAUGAGCAUAGCUAAUUUUGAACAAUAUUGUGACAGUAUAGAAAAACCAUCAACCUGGGGUGGACAAAUUGAAAUCCGUGCCUUAUCUACAAUGCUUCAAAUUCCUAUUGAAAUAUUACAAGCUGAAGGUGUUCCAUUAAUUAUUGGAGAGGAGUUUUCUGAACAACCACCAAUCACUAUUGUAUAUCAUCGUUAUGCGUUUGCACUCGGUGAACACUACAAUUCCUGUUUAAAGAAACAAGAUGUUCAAUAAUGAUUCUUGAUUAAAAAAUAAUAAAUGAAUCUCAUGUAAAUAAUAGUAAUCAAUAAAACAUGUACAUUGUAACUGUGCUAAAAUUUGAUGUAAAUUAGGAUUCGUCUUUUUUAAUAAAAGACUUAACAUUGUAACGUACUGUCUUGAACUGUUAGCAUUAUUAUCAUCAUGAUUCUUUCAAUAGGCUUGAAAAUCUACUGUUUUCAACAAUAAUUAUCUAUGAUUCUACUAAAAUAGAAUACAAUGCUAUGAAUUUCACCUUCUUUGUGAAAUUUCUUGUUUUUAUUAAAACUUGAGAAGUAUUUCAUUUAUUUCGGACACUUCUUGUAAACAAUUUUAUUAUUCUGUACAUUUGUGCUUCGAAAAUUUACUGUGGGAAUUACACAAUUUAUGCAACUGUAUAACGAUCGAAUAAAACUUAUUUAAAA